AUGAACUCCAAGCUCGAAGCAAUAUCAAGUAGGCUUGAACACUUUGCCAAGCAGAAGGAUAUCCUUGGUUUGCAAAGUGUUAGCUCAAGGGGAAUUAAAAGAGCUACAACAUCAUUGGUAAAUGAAUCUGCUGUGGUUGGCAGAGAGGAUGAUAAGGAAAAACUUUUGAACAUGCUGUUGUUUAAUGAAGAUGCAAAGGACAAUGAUAUAGGAGUGAUCACUAUUUGGGGAAUGGGUGGUGUGGGGAAAACAACCCUUGCACAACUCCUUUACAAUGACAAGGAAGUGGGACAACAUUUCGAUUUGAAGGCUGGGGCUUGUGUUUCAAACAAUUUUAAUGUUUUUGAUGUUACCAAGAAUCUGGUUGAAUCUGUCACUUCAAAAGUCUAUCACAAUAAAAAUUUAGACUUACUUCGGGUUGAACUGAAAAAUUGCUUGACCAAUAAAAAAUUUCUUCUUGUGUUGGAUGACAUAUGGAAUGAUAAAUAUAGUGAUUGGGAUGAUCUGGUAACUCCUUUUCGCUGUGGAAGAAGGGGCAGCAAGAUCAUUGUAACAACUCGCCAACAAAGAGUUGCUGAAAUCACACGUACGUUUCCUGUAUAUAACUUGACUCCUCUCUCAAAUGAAAAUUGUUGGCAUUUACUUGCCAAGCAUGCUCUUAGAAAUGAAGAUCCCAACAAAUAUACAGUGUUAGAAGCAAUUGGUAAGAAAAUUGCAAGAAAACGUGGUGGUCUACCAAUAGCUGCCAAAACAAUUGGAGGUCUUUUGCGUUGAAAAGAGGAUGCAGGGGAGUGGAAUAAAAUUCUAAAUAGCAACCUGUGGGACUUACCAAAUGAUGAUGUUCUACCUGCUUCGUGUUUGAGUUAUCUUUAUCUUCCUUCACAUUUGAAGAAAUGUUUUGCCUAUUGUUCAAUAUUUCCGAAAGACCUUUUGUUAGAUAAAAAGCAAUUGACCUUGUUAUGGAUGGCUGAAGGAUUUGUACAGCAAUACUCCCAUGGGGAGAAAGCAUUGGAGACACAGGCAAGUGACUGCUUUAAUGAAUUGUUGUCUAGGUCUUUCUUUCAGCAAUAUGAAGGUGAUCCAAGAAAGUUUGUCACGCAUGAUCUCAUCAAUGAUUUAGCCAAAUUUGUAUCUGGUAGGAGUUGUCUUUGGUUUGAAGGCAAUGAAAUCCCAAAAUCUGUUCGCCAUUUAUCGUAUCCCAAACAACGAUCUGAUGACUUUAAAAAGUUUGAGAGCUUUUAUCAUUUAAAGUGUUUGAGGACUCUUUUGUCACAUUACCAACUAAAUAUGGGAUCUUUUGUUUUUUUGCCCAAAAGGUGCCACCUGAUUUGUUUUCAAAACUAAAAUGUUUAAGAGCACUGUCAUUGUCAGGGUAUUACAGUAUCACUGAGCUGCCUAAUUCAAUUGGCAACUUGCGGCAUUUGCGAUAUUUGGACCUUUCCUACACCUCAAUCACUCGGUUGCCUAAUUCAAGCUUUACACCCUACAACUUGCAAACCUUGCUUUUAUCGUAUUGUUUGUCUUUCAAUGACUUGCCUGGAAAGAUAGAGAAGCUUAUUAAUCUACGCCAUCUGGACAUUAGUGGCAUUGCUUUGAAGGAGAUGCCAACACAAAUUAGCAAACUUCAAAAUCUUUAUAAUUUGAGUACUUUUGUGGUGGGAAAACAGAAGGAUGGUUUGGGGAUUAAGGAGUUAAGAAAACUCCCUCAUCUACAAGGUAGGCUUUCCAUUAGCUACAGAAGGUCGUUGAUUGCAUGGAUGCUUAUGUGGUGAACUUGAAGAGGAGAGAAAAAAUUGAGGAGUUAGUGUUGGAAUGGGACUGUGAUACUCAGGAUUCACAAGUUGUAAAAGAUGUACUUGACACGCUGCAACCUUCAAGAAAUUUACAAAGAUUGACCGUUAACCAUUAUGGUGGUACUAGCUUUCCAAAUUGGGUGGGAAAUUCUUCAUUUACAAAUAUUACCUUUUUAUCUAUAAGUGAUUGCAACUAUUGCUUAUCACUUCCACCAUUUGGACAACUACCUUCUCUCAAAGAGCUCUUGAUUAAAGGAAUAACAUUACUACACACAGCUAGUCAUGAGUUUUAUUGCAGUAAAAUAGAGUCCUCUUCAUUUCAGCCAUUUCGGAUUUUGAAAAGUCUAAGAUUUGAGAAGAUGCCAGUUUGGGAGGAAUGGAUACCAUUUGAAGGUGAAGGUACCAAAUUUCCAUUUCCUUGUCUUAAACAUUUGUAUUUAUAGGAUUGUCCUAUGUUGAAGGGAGACAUUCCCGACAAUCUUCCUUCAUUGACAAAGGUUGACAUAUUAAAGUGCAAUCAAUUGAAGGUAAAAUCAUCAGCUUUGCAAUGGAUUACAUCUAUUGAGGAAUUAAAUAUUGAACUAGGGGAACAAGGCUUGUUGAGGACUCUUGAUAAUGAUUCUCCGGUCUCACUAAAAUGUCUCCGAAUUGAGGUGUGUUACAGCUUGCAGUCUUUGCCAAGAUUGAAACCGAGUAGCCAUUAUCUUCAAGACUUUUUAUCUCAUAAAUAUUCAAUUUGUGAAGUCCUUCCCAAUAAAUGGCUUGCCCACUUCACUGCGACGGCUUUAAAUUUGGGACUGUGAGAAAUUAGAAUUCCUACCCCAGGAAUCUUGGCAAAACUACACGUGACUUGAACAUUUGGAAAUUAAAAAUAGUUGUCAUUCCUUGACAUCCUUUUCCUUAAGUUGUUUUCCAAGGCUGAAACAUCUUUAUUUUGAUGGUUGUCUUAAUCUGGAGAUGUUUACACAAUUUGGGGGAUCUGCUCUUACCUUAGAAUCUUUUGGUGCCUUUGAUUGCAAAAGUCUUAGAUCAAUGACAGAAGUAAAAAUUGAUUCUCUUGGUGCUCUUCAAAAGUUUAAUCUUUCUCGGCUUCCGAAUUUUAACUUGCUGCCUCAACAUGGUUUACCUUCUAACUUGCGAUCAAUUUUGGUUGAUGAUUGCAAGGGACUAUCAUCUAUGUCCAUAGAGGAUUGGGGUUUCCAACGGAUGGCUUCUCUCUUAGAAUUUUGGUUUAGAGGUGAUGAAGGUGAAGGUAUUCUCCACAAUUUACUGAAGAAACAGUUACUGCCAACUUCUCUUGUGCGUGUCUACAUACGGAAUGUCCCUAAUCUUAAAUUCUUGGAUGGAAAAGGGAUUCAACACCUUGCUUCUCUAGAAGCACUCUACAUCCAUGAUUGUCCAAACCUUGAAUCUUUGCCAGAAGAUGAUCUGCCAUCCUCUCAUUUGUUAUUGCAUAUCUCUCGCUGUCCUGAAUUAAGAGAGAGAUAUCAUUAUCACAGAGGAAAGCACUUGUCCAAGAUUGCUCAUACUCCUACUAUAAAGAUUAAUGACCAACACUAUGAUUCUUGAGGGAGAUGUUACAUGCAUAGAAUCAAAAGGCUUGCACAUCACAAUGUUGGUAUUCCUUGUGGUCAUAGCAUUUGUUUACAUCUUAUGACUAGAUCUUGCCUGCAGCAGAUAUAGGUGA